AUGUUCCAAAAACGACAGCUUCGUAUCAUCUACCUGGUGAUCCUGAUCAUCGUAAUGGUGCUCGUCUACAAGAGCUUCACUCAGCGCAAGCCCGACGAAGACGAUGUGGAGCAAACGUCCAGCGAUGCGAUGCUGAAGCCCUCGAACGCCCCCGUCAACGUCAUGGUGUUCUACGAAGCCCUGUGUCCGGAUUCGAAGAAUUUUGUCCUACACCAGCUGCAGCCAGCCUACGAUCGGGCGCCGGAUUUGAUGACCAUCGAAUUCGUUCCGUUCGGCAAAGCAUCCUGGACCACGAAGUCGGACGGAUCGCUGGAAUUCGAGUGCCAGCAUGGCCCGAUCGAGUGUGAAGCCAACACGAUCCAUGCGUGCGUAGUGGAAGCCGUGCACGAUACACACACGAUGGUUAACAUGGUCGCAUGCAUGAUCAAGAACAAUAUUAUCCCGCGGGACGCGUUCUAUCGCUGCGCCAAGGAGCACGGGGUGGAGAUCGAAUCGAUACAAAAAUGCUACGACAGCCCGCACGGUGCCGAGCUGCUGAAGGUGCACGGUGAAGCCACACACGCGCUCCGGCCAGCGGUUACGUUCAUUCCGACCAUCACACUCGACGGUGCGCAGUACGUCCAAAAGUCCAUCCUGAAGGACUUCUUCGGGAACAUCUGCCAGGUGGUGGCAGGCCGCGGACCGAAACCGGACGCAUGCAAAUGAUAGCAGCUAAUGUUGCACUUCCUUGCGCGCUACCUUCAGAACGAGCUGCUGGACGAAGUUCGGCAACUUCCGGGUCAGUUGCGGCGGGGACUCUUUUGGUUACUUAACUAAUAAUUUCCAAGCCGCCCAGUUGGGGCUCGAAUCGAUCUUCUGGGAAGCGCAAACUCGAUCAAAGUCCAUCCAAUUCUACUCCGCAUUGCAUUGCUAUUUGAGAUAAGCGAACGAUAGUUCUCAACUUCUCGCAAAAUGUGAGAACUGCACGCUGCACGUUUCAGCAUCUGCCCACGAUCUGCAGUCUGGGUAGGAGCGCCAUUUUCGCGUCUUUGUUUCCUCUUUUGUAUCAUGUAUUCCUUCUCGUGCGCUUGUAAUCGGCGGGUGGGUUUAAAAUUUAAACAUGAGUUACUUACUCCUCAGUGCUACUUCAGAUGUUAGCUAGUGGUCGCGAGCCAGUACUCAGUAGAACCAACCAGGCAAAGCAACAAACGUAUAUGCAACUAGAACAAAUAUUUUAGUCAAAUGUAGCAAAAUAUUGUAGCCCGUCGGAUGCGCUAAUCGUUGGUUGAAACCUCCGAUCGAAAUAGUCAGAUAGUUGCAGUGCAACUGCAGUGUUUAGCAGAGUUUAAAUCUACUUAGAACAGAUCCAUGCAUCCAGCGGUCGGCUGAUGCCGUAGAGAAGUUAUAAAACCCAUAUGAAUAUUUAAACAAAAAAGCAAUUCCAGCGUCCGGUGCAGCAAUUACAACAGUGUCAAGGCCUAGUCGACCUUCCAAAGUCCUGCUGGAAGUAUCAGGAAAGGUGUAGAUUCCAUUUUUUGUUUCGUUUCCUGACACUCAGGAUCGAAAACAGAAACACACCGUUUCCCUCCUAGAGACUGAGCAAAAGCACACUUCUAUAACGAAUUUAAGUCACGAACAAACGCUAUUCACGUAACAUAGGUGGUAUUAUUGAUAUCAAUUCAUUCUAUGGGUUGUGUUAAGUUCUAUAGGUUUCGUUUCGGGUGAUAUUUACAAUACGUUGAGGCAGAUUGUUAUAAGAACAGUAGAGUGUAUCAUUUGUAUCAUUAAAGAACGUUUAUACAUCAUCG